AUGCUGCCGACAACAAUCCGAUCACCGCCCGCAGAGGCAGACUACACGCCCCUGGCGGAGUACCAGUCACAGACGCCCGAAUCCUUCACGGAUGGAAAGCCAAUUCUACAUUACCAUCUGGCCGGUGCAAAGGCAACACUCCCACGAUCACAAUGCGGCAGCCUGGCCGUCUUCCCCCAAGACACUGCUGCGGCACCCAACGACUCAAAUGAUGGAGAAGCUGCCGAGGAGCUAGUGGAGCAGACUGUUGAUGUGUUUGCGACUUCAGAAAACUUCAUCAUCUUCAGCCACCAAGCCGAAGCCGGCGUAUCGAUCCCAUACCCUUCCAUCUCUAUUCACGCCCUCAAAUCAGUCGACAGCUCGCAAGCUGUGUGGAUGCAGCUUGACCUCGCCGACGGUGGCGUCGACGACUCCGAUUUCCAAACUGUCGAGCUGACCAUCAUCCCACCAAGCUCCUCCGAAGCCAAUUCGGCGCAACAGCUCUAUGAAGCUAUGGCCAAUUGCUCCGAUUUACAUCCCGACCCCGAGAAUGAGGAAGACGACGACAAUGAGUACGACCGCAUUGUAUUCGAGGGAAACGCAGGGCACGAGGCCAUUGAGGGAUUCACCGGCGUCCUGCGCGGUGUCACAGACGGUGGACUGCCUCCUCCUAUGCCUGGUAGCGGCGGUUGGAUCACAGCGGAUAACGUGCAUGAAUACUUUGAUGCGGAUGGCAACUGGAUAGGAGGAGAGGAGGAAGAGGAAGAAGCUGAAGAGCUUGGCGAAGGGGCUGGUAGAACACGCCCACGAGACGAGCUUGAGAAGGGUGAUGAUGUCAACGGACACGAUUCAGCUGAGGAUCCGGAGAGCAAGCGGCCAAGAGUAGACAAUGGAGACGACGCGUAG